AUGGCCACCUCUGUCCUUGCUGUCCUUCUUGCCGUUUUGGCGCUCCUGUCCGGUGGUGCGCUGCCACGGACGUGCUUUGCGGCUGCACCAUGCACGCCCGCACCGUGCGUGACCUAUGACGCGAGCGGCACGCUCAUUGGUGGUGAAUCGACGCUCACCAUCGAGUGGAACGUCGAAGCAGGCCUCCCAAACAUCUUCAUUGUCCUGGGGAGCUUGGACCAAGACGGCGGUACAGUGCAACGGUUCCUCUCGGGCGAGGUUGUUCUCAACCAUACCCUCGCCAGCCCAGCCACCACUGGCUCUUACAACUGGGAUAUCCCGUACAUCGCAGAGGACAACUUGCAAAUCCUGCUGCAGAUUGCACCAGACAACACCAGGGCCAGCUCCUUUGUCAGCGGCGACACCUUCUCCACUGAAUUUCCACCAUUCGCCGUUACAAGUCCGCGUGCGUACUCGUUCUUGAUCCCUGGCGAAGAUGUAACUAUCAAAUGGCAGAACUUUGAUGGGAAUGAUGUGAAGAUUCAAUUGGUGUUUCGCACGUCCGAGGGCGAUCUUGCGUACCCCUACUCAUUAUUUGGGGAUGAAAGCACGCCAAAUUCUGGAUCUGCUACAUACACGGUCCCUUCAAUCGCCAACAACUAUCCUCAACCACUUCUGUACACGCACAACAUCUAUGUGAAAGAAGUCGACGGCGGAACGGACGACUUCUUCCUCGGACCCCUCUUCGUUCCAGCCGUCGGAUAUAGUUUUGCAGGAUCGGUCGGCACCACUGGUCGUGCAGUUCAAGGAACCAACAUUACCGUGGCCUAUACCAUCGUCAACUUUGCCGAUGAGGAGGUUGCCGUCGCUGUCAGCAAUGCGAUGUCGGGUGAACACAUCAUUGGAGCUGUGCAAAAUGGAUUCACGUUCGACGAAUCACCAGCGUCAACACCUUACUCUGCCGCCGUUGGAAUCUUGCUGAACAGACGAGCGCCCACGGGCACUGUGACUGUUCGGCUGUAUGUGGAGCGGGUGCCGGCCAUCUCGGCGUCGCGCCAGAUCACGGUGCUGCCGCCCUGUGAGCCGGGCACCUUCUACAACGACACAGACGUGACGUGCAACGCGUGCCCUCCCGACACGUUCACAGACACCAUCAACCAGGACGCAUGCCAGCCACACUCGACGUGCCCUGAUGGCUGGGUUGUGGCCGCAGCCGGCACCAGCACCGCAGACACCCUGUGCGUCGACCCAGCCAUCACCCUGCCCAUCAGAAUGGCAGCUGCAGCACCACCCGGUCUCCUCGUUGCAGCUUCACCCUCAGACACAACCUCCGUCAGCGAUAACACGACAGUCACGUCGCGCUCGCUGCUCACAGUCGCUGCGCGUGAUUCUCCCGUGUCCAUCCACUCAGCGCUCGGCGACAAGCAGGCAACAGCCUCCAUCACAGGCACCGCCAUCACAACAACUGCACCAACAGCCACGCGCGUACGUGCUGUGCUGCUGGGCGAGCCCGGCCUUUCCCACAGCCGCCAGCCAUCGCAGCCCGCAGUCGUGCUGCCCCAUGACGCGGCGGUGAAGGUGCUGCUGUUUGCACUAGAUGGCCGCGGCCUCGCCAUGCAAGAUGCAGAGUGCCACGUGCGCAUUGAGGACAACGCACAGCAGCUCACGGCCGUCACAGCCAUGUGCACCACGUCCUCAUCGUCACCCACGCCGUCGUGCACAGCAACACUGACGCUGCCUUCCUCCUACUUCACGGCCGUGGCACGAGAUCACGCUGACCGCCGCUCGUGGCAGCUGCGUGUCACGUCCCUAGACGCCAACACUCUGCAGGUCCAGUCCGUCACGGGCGGCAGUGGAUGGACGGUGACUGCAUCGUCGCUGCCCUCGCGUGAUGUUGCUGUGCUUGGCGUUCGCGCCAUCGAGCAGGGUGGUGGUGGUGGUAGUGCUGGUGCUGAGGAGAGUGCGCUGUUCACGGCAGAUGUGCUGGUCGGUGCAAUGGCUGCGCGUGACGUCGUGUUGAACGUUAGUGUUGUGGAGGCGUUUGAUUCGAGCGGACAGCCAGUCCUCUCGGGCACGGCGCCGCUGGUUGUCGCCAGCAGCAACCCCAACCCAACUGCACACCGCACCUCCACUGUCUCGCUGACGACCUAUAAUGAAGCCGACGUCGUUGCACUCCACGCGUUCCCAUCGAUGCGCACGGCUGGUGCACCGCCCACAACCGCCCCGCUCUCCAACGUCCUGCUCAACACGGCCGCCCUCAACCCAGACAACGCAGCACUGCAGCACCCGUUGACUGUCAGCGCGUACAGCGCCAGCGGCAGUGGCACCACACUAUCACCGUCGACGUCGCUCGUGUGCUCCUCAAGUGCACCAGAGGCGCUGCAAGUUGAUGCCAGCUGCGGGUAUGUGCACUUCACUGGUGCUGAGACAGCCGGCAGCGACAGUGCACAGGUGGUGGUCCAGCACGCCACGCUGCCUCUCAACACGACGCUCGGAUACAAGGUGUGGCACCCAGCAGCGUUUCGCAUUGCUAUCGACGUACAGGGCAGCAGCAGCGGCAGUGACGUGGUGCUGCGGCGUAUUGGUGGCACGGCGUUGUACCAGCAUGUCGGAUACACGAUUGAGGCAGACUGGUCAUCCCCAACAACAAUGACAAGUGGUGGCGCUGAUGAUUGGUUGAACAGCACGGAUGUGACCGAAGAGGUGUGGCCGUUGCUGCGGGGGCAACACGUGGGCGGUGGCAGUGAUGAUGGGAAUGUGAUUGUCACACCUUUGUCCAUCACAACCAACACAUCUGGCACGUUCAGGCUGUGCAUUUCGCAUCCGCUGCGCACACCUUCGUGUCUCGGUGCGCGAGACGUUGAAGCGACAGACAACGAACCAGCAACACCCGUGGCCAUUUCCGCCACCGUCGUUGCAUCUGUCACUGCUGCGACCACCACAUCAAGUGCCGAUACCUACACCCGCGUGUCAUCAUCCUUCACGUCUGUGCUGACAGCAGACCAGCAGAGCGCAUCCGUCGUCGUCCACGCCAUCUUCAGCGACGGCAGCACCCGAGUCCUCGACCCCGCACUGCACAACACCACCGUCACCACCGGCAGCCCAGCGCUCAUUGCCUCCAACAUUAACGAUGCGAGCAGCAACAGCUACCCCUUCGUGACGACGCUUGGCGGUGGAUCUGUUGCCGUGGGCCUCACAUGGUACGUGUCUGACACCACGACUGUGCACGGUACCGUGGACGUGGUGAACGCCCUUCCCGCUGUGACCGGUGUGCGCGUUGCAGGGCUUCCAGCAGCAAUGGCGCCGUCCACAGACGUGAGCUCGCAGCUGCCGGCGAACCUGGCGUCAUCAACCCUGGUUUCGGUCUUCCUGCAGUAUGACGAUGGCACGGAGAUUGACUUUACAACAGACGCGCGCACGAACAUCGCGACAGAGGGAAACAUCACCGCAACGGUCGAUGGCACGCGCUUGCGUGUGGCUGUUGCGGAUGGCAGCACGGAAGGGCAGGCGCGGCUGCUGGUGUCGUUUGAGCACACGGGCGUGACGGCGUCAUUGGCUGUCGAGGUUGUGGUCGCCACUGGACUGCGGGUUGCGCUCCGGCCCUUCCCGGCCUUUCCUGGAUCCGAGGACGAAGAAGUGGCGGAGAUGCGGCGAUUGGGCGCAUCCAACACGUGGCAGCAGGCGAUGGUCGAUGUCAGUGCGGUGUUGUCGUCCAGGGAAGUUGUGUCGGCGAACGACCACGCAGAGCUGAUGGUUUCCACGCCCGCAUUCUUCAACUACAACAGCAAUACGCGCCUCGUCUCACCAACGCCGCAGCUGCCCGGUGACGAAGGGAUGGCCGUGCAGAUGCGAGCGAGCGUGGUGAUGGAGAACGGGCUCACGCUCACGACCACUUACCUCUUCCCAAAUGGCGGCGCGCUCGCCCUGCCCAACCUCAUCACGUUCGAUAUCACCACGCCCACGGCGACAGAUGCCGUUGUCAUCGACAGCGCAACGGGAACAGCGACGCUGACAGGCAACUCGCGCACACAAGAGACGCUGGCGGUGUAUGCGGGAGACAAUGCUGACGUGAACGCCACGGCACUCUUCUAUGUGAAUUUGGUGCCCACAAACUACGAUGUGGACUUGGGCGCCACGCAGCAGCUGCCGCUCGCACCCGUGACAGGCGGCGACACCGUUGCGAUCUCUGUGCGCGUGCGACUGCCGAGCACCCUGGCGUUUGCCUCCAUCUCCCUGCAGGUCACCUUUGAUGACGCUGUGCUUGAGUUUGUGGAUGUGGCAGAAGGGAGCGACUGGCCUGGCGGCGAGUUUGCAGGCGGAUUGGACGGCAGCGGUCGCAUCUCGUUUGGUGGAUCAACGGCUGGUGUUGGGCCAGGCACCCUGACCCUGUUUGAGGUGACGCUGCGGGUCAAGGGUGGUGCAGGUGCUGGAUUCUCGUCCGUCAGCGGCACAGCGGUGACGAUUGCCGAUGGGGACGGCACGCUGUUGGCGAGCGAUGUCCCAUUUGUUGCAGGCGACGUCACACUCGAGAUCACCGCACCUGCGCGGCGUCGUCGUAGUCAUCAAAGCGCCAGCGCCACCCGCACUACUGGUGUUCGCACAUUCGGGUUCAGCAGCACCACAGCCAGCCGUGCACGUCGCGCGGAGUGUGGCUCGCCGCCUUGCGCAGUGUGCGCGGACCAGCGGCAGAUUGGUGAUGCGGAUGGCAACUGCUUGUUUGACGUGCGUGACGUGACUUUUCUGAAACGGUUCCUGAAUGAGCGGCUGCUUGAUCCAGAUGGCGCGUUUGUGUCCGCGGUUCAGGCGUUUCAAAUGCCGGACAUGGAUGCCGACGGCAACACGAUCAUCAACACCGUCGACGUCAACUUCCUCUUGCGCGCCAACUUUGGUCUGUUUGCCCUCGUGCGGAGCGUGAACAUGACAGCGCCAGACACGGACCCGUCCCUCGCCGUCAGCGUCGAGCAGACAGAGUGUUCUGUCGCCGUGUACGUGCAGACGAUCAGCGGUGGCGACGGCAGGGAGCAGGUGCCCUCUGACCCGCAGCGCACGGCCGUGUUUGUGUACCUGGACAGCCCCAACGUUACGCUGCACAACAACGCGCAGCUGGUGGUGACGGAUGGCGAGGUGGUUGUUGCUGACGCGGCCACAAACCAGCGUGGCGUGUUCAUCAAGGCGGCCCACGACCCACCACGCGAUGCGUUCUUCGUCGCUGCGUCGUCUGAACUGCCACCCGACCUCGUGCUCACGGGUGUGCCGCUGCUCAUCAGCAUUGAUGCCGCUGGCGAAACCAACGCCGACCGCGCAACCGCCGCCCUCACGUACAGCGAUGCGCCCGUGAGCAUUGCCGGCGAGCAGCGGGUGGCGUUCACGUUCCUCGGCCAAGGGUUUGAGCUCGUGCUGAACGACUACGGGCCGAGGGUGUGGGUGUCGACGACAACGGUGAGCCGCAACUGCCGCGAGCAGCUGAUGUGCGAUGACGAGGCGGGCGAGUAUGUGGCUGUGAACGCGACGACAACGGACAACCCGGUGUGCCGCGCGCUCACGACGUGCGUCCUUUGCGACUCGUACGAGACGCGCGCCCCAACGCAGUUCUCUGAUCGGAUGUGCGCCAACACGACGGUGUGCACACCGGGGCUGGAGUACAUCUCUGUGCUGCCGACGCUCGUGUCAGACCGGCGGUGCAGCAACAUCUCGGCCCCGUGCGCGAGCACGCAGUUUGAGGCCACGGCACCAACGAACACGAGCGAUCGCGUGUGCACCAACACAACGGUGUGUGACCUGAGCACGCAGUACAUUGUGACAGACGCCACGCUCAGCAGCAACCGCGUGUGUGCCAACAUCAGCGACGCGUGCGUGUUCCCGCUGCAGUUUGAAACCCAGGCGCCGACCAACACCAGUGACCGUGCGUGCGUGACAACGCUCGUGUGCACGGCGAGCCAAUACGAGACCGUUGCGCCAACACCAACCAGCAAUCGCGAAUGCACUGACUUGCACACGUGCAACCUUGACGAGUAUGCGAUUGUCCCCCCGACACCAACCACCAACCGCGUGUGUGAGCUGGCGACGGUAUGCGAUGACACGGAGUUUGAGUCUGUGGAGCUGACGCCAACCAGUGAUCGUCAGUGCAUGCUGAACCCCUGUAACGUCUCCACCAUCUGCUUUCCCGAAGGAACGUGCAUCCCAACGGCCACAGGACCAUACUGUGACUGUCCACCAGGCAUCGACUGCGCAGCAACAGCAAGAGGGCAAUCAACGAAGCGACUGCUGCCAACGUCAUCCACAACAACAACGCGAACGAUCACCAUCAAGACAGAUUCAUCCGGCUCCCCAACGGCUGUGCCGAUUGCAGUGAUCGUGGGCGGCGCAGUCGGUGGUGUGGUCAUGCUCAUCAUUGUUGUUGUGGUGAUUGUGCGACGGCGCUGUCGAAGCAAGCGGCGUGUUGCCGUUGGCAAGGAAGGCGCGCAAGCAUACGCAGAGAAUCCCAUGCCAGUGACCGUGCGGUCUUCUGGCGAGGGCGAUUACGACGUGGUUGAGGCGGUCUAUCCCAAUGUGAACAUGCGCGAGACGCGUGUUGGCCUUGGAGGGCGGCGACCGGGCAGACGGCACUCAACCACGAGUGACGGGAGCGACGUGCGGGGACUUCACCAAUGGAACGCAACCGUGUACGAUGUUGGACACCAAGAAAGCGAUGGUGGAAGAAUGCAUGCACACGACUGGGAUGCAGGCGACUACGACAUGAAAGAUCUCCCUGUGUUGCCGGCUUCAGAGUAUGAGCAAGUGGAUGUUGGGAAGCGACAGCGCUCGAUGAGCACCACCAGUGCCUGCUGAGGAAGCGAACCUGUCGUCUUUGUGAUCAGGGUCCACAACUGCAAAUUGACAUGAAGGCAUCUGUGGCAUUGACUUUCAGCUACAGGCGGUGCACGGAAAGAGCCCGC